UGCAGAAGGACUGAUGGUACAUACUGUUGGUGUUGCUCUAACUGCUCUGUCAUUGAUUCAGUAGGAACACAGUCGUCAGUCCACAGCCUGCCUGCAGAGAGAGAGAGCGAAAACAGGAAGAGAGAUAAAGAGGACAUAAGGAGAGAGGAAAAGAGAGUGAUUGCGAGAGACAGAAGCAGGGAAAGCAUCCAGCCAUCUGUCUGUCUCCAUUCUGCAAGCCACAGCCGCCCUCUUUGUUUGGCGUCCCUGAUAUGACCCUGUUUAAAAGUGAGCACCACCGCAGCCCACGAUACAUUAGCAUGAGUGGAGAGCUGAAGUCCAGCCGUUCCAAGACCGGCAGCAAGAGACCCAGCAGCAAUCCAUACGGAUCUGAGUAUGACCUGGACUAUGAGUGCUAUCAGGAGGACCUCUAUGACAGGAUGUAUGACUACCAGCGCGUGCCAGCUUCCUUACCUCCCCUGGCCCAGGGACCUAGCCUGGCCAAACGACCCCGCUCGUCCUCCACUUCCUCUGGGCACAGACGCAGCCGAGACAGGCCCCCCUCCAAGAGCUCCAGAGCCCACUCCACCAGCUCCAACAGGGACAAGUUGCGGAUGGAGGAACUGCAGGUCAUUAAGAGGGAGCUGACUCUGAUAAAGACACAGAUUGACGGGCUGCUCGACAACCUGGACAGGAUGGACACACAGAGGCGGGACCACACAGGGUCUCCCCUGAGGGAGGGCAGUCUGGCCGGGUCACCGUACCCCCCCUCCGCCAGCAGCGGUGAGCGCUCCCCCUCCCCCCUGUCCCCCCCUCGCCGCCGCAUCCAGAGAGAGAGCCCUGAACUGGGGGAGGCCAGCGACGAUGAUCACACGAUGAAUAACCACAGCUCUGACCCUGAGGACGAGAUGUGAGGAUGGAAACAGAGAAGAAACGGAGGAGCGCUAGACAUGGAGGAAGAGAACAUCUGUCUUGUCAAGAAGUUACCAUGCCAACACCUGAUUCAGAGGCCCCACUCUAACCAACCUGUUACAUUGUAUUCUACCUCCACAUAUACAGUGAUGGAAAAAAGUAUUUGAUCCCCUGCUGAUUUUGUACGUUUGCCCACUGACAAAGAAAUGAUCAG